AUGCAUUCUGAACAACAACAACAAGAAGAAGAAGAAGAGCAAGGUUCACCGUUGUCUCCAUCGGACACAUACCUGGUAGGCUUCAUCAAUGCCAGCAUCGUGGGUAUCAAGCACUACUCCGCCACCAUCACCGGCCGCGAAAUGGUGGGUCUUGUCCGCGAACCCUUCAACGACCACGACGAAAACGCCAUCAAGGUCAUCAACACCCGAACCGAUCAGGUCGGUUACAUUGACCGUUCCACCGCCGCCGUUUUGUCUCCCCUCAUCGACACCAACCUCGUCAUCGUCGAAGGCAUCAUCCCCAAAUCGCGCUCCGCCGCCAACAAGUUCCGAAUCCCUUGCCAAGUUCACGUCUUUGCUUAUUCCCGCGACUUCCCAACCGUUAAAUCCGCAAUCUUGCGAGGUGGGUUGCACUUGAUUACCGAAUACGAAGCGUCGUUCACUCUCUCGGAGUCCGUGGCCGUUAAAGAAACCAGAGCCGGGAAAAGAAUCAAGACCGAGGACGCGAUUUUCAAUCUUGUUGAUGAGAAUCUCGCUAGCAAUAAGCGCGUUUUGCAAGCGCUGGAGCCUCCGAGGAGCGUGAUUACCACGGAGCUUCUUGAACAUCAGAAGGAAGGUCUUGGGUGGUUGGUUCACAGAGAGAAUUCCGAUGAGUUGCCACCGUUUUGGGAAGAGAGUGAUGGUAAGUUCGUGAAUGUGUUGACCAAUUAUCAAACCGAUUCAAGGCCUGAGCCCCUGCGUGGUGGAAUCUUUAAUGAUGCUAUGGGUUUGGGAAAGACUUUAACUUUGCUUUCUUUGAUUGCUUUUGAUAAAAGAGAUGAAAUGGGGCAUAAACAGCGUGAAGGGUUGUUGGUGAUGUCUAAGAAGAAGAAAAGGGCAAAUGAAAUUGCCACUGGUUCACGAAAAAGAAUGUUCUUUGGUGACAGUGAGACAUCUUCUACUGACAUGGGAAGAAAGACAACAUUGGUCGUGUGCCCUCCUUCUGUAAUGUCAACUUGGUCAACGCAAAUAUUGGAACACACUGAGAAACGGUCAUUGAAGACAUACAUAUAUUAUGGGGAUAAAAGGACCAAGAGUCCUGAGGAGCUUUUGAUGUAUGAUAUUGUCUUGACCACAUACCCUACUUUAGCUAGUGAAGAAAGAGAGUUAGAGACUGCGGUGAAGCAAGUAGAUUGGUGGAGAAUCAUCUUGGAUGAAGCACACACAAUUAAGAACACCAAUGCUGGACAAACUCGUGCAGUUAUUGAACUCAAUGCCAAGCGGAAGUGGGCUGUCACAGGGACACCGAUUCAGAAUGGUUCAUAUGAUUUGUUUUCUCUUAUGGGAUUUUUACGCUUCCAACCCUUUUCAGAUAGGGUCUAUUGGCGAACCUUGGUGCAGCGUCCACUUAACACGGCCAAGAAGAGAGGGCUCACACGUUUGCAGGUUUUAAUGGCAGCAAUUUCAUUACGAAGAACAAAAGAGAAGGGAUUGGUAGGGCUGCCACCGAAAGCCAUAGAGACUUGUUAUGUUGAACUUUCUCGGGAAGAACGUGAAAUGUAUGAUGAGGUGAAAGAGGAAUCAAAGUUAAGAAUGAUCGAUUAUUGCCAUAAUGAUUGUCUAGUGAACCAUUAUUCCACUGUACUGAGUAUGAUCCUACGACUUCGCCAAAUAUGUACUCAUUUGGCAUUGUGCCCUUCAGAUCUCAAAUCAGUAUUCUCUUCAUAUCGUACAGAAGAUGUUACGAAUAACCCUGAGUUGCUGAAGAAGUUAGUUGGGGUGCUGCAAGAUGGUGAUUUUGACUGUCCAAUUUGUAUGUCUCCUCCAUCGGAUAUAGUAAUAACAUGCUGUGCUCACAUUUUCUGCCGAGACUGUAUUCUGAGAACUCUAAAGACAAGUGAUUCUUGUCCUCUUUGUCGGCGCACACUCUCGGAACCUGACUUGUUCUCUGCCCCUUCUGAAUCUUCUGAGGUUGAUAAUAGUAGUGAAUCAUGCUCAUCACAGAAAAGGUUAUCUUCCAAAGCCUCUGCUCUAAUAAAACUUCUGACAGAAACGAGGGAUCAACAUCCAGCUGCAAAAUCAGUUGUAUUUUCGCAAUUUCGCAAGAUGCUAUUGUUCCUAGAAGUGCCUCUGAAAGCAGCUGGUUUCAAAAUUCUGCGUCUUGAUGGGACAAUGAAUGCUACACAUAGGGCUAGUGUUAUUGAGAAAUUUCAAGCCUCUGGAAGGGAUGAGCCAAUGGUUCUGCUUGCAAGCCUUAGGGCCUCAUCUACAGGUAUAAAUCUUACAGCUGCCUCUAGAGUGUACUUUAUGGAGCCAUGGUGGAACGCUGCAGUUGAGGAACAAGCGACGGAUCGUGUCCACCGCAUUGGACAGAAAGAGCCUGUGAAGAUUGUUAGGUUGAUUGCUCAAAACAGCAUUGAAGAGAAAAUAUUAAUGUUGCAGGAGAAGAAGAAAGACCUAGAAAGGGAAACAUCUAGGAGGGGAUCAAAGGAUGAUGGCAUGGGCAUGGGCAUGGGCAUAGGCAUGGAUGAUCUACGUUUCCUUUUGGAGGAUUAGAGAUGGUUACAUACAGUAUGGGUUAGUGGGUUCAUAGUGAAUGUAAAUUUUGUGUAACAAUGCUUAAUCUCCUCAAAAUUUUGCU